UAGUAGUGGGUCUAUGCUCAGCUAUAGCCACUUGGCACACCAUUCAUGGAAUCCACUGAGCUACAUAAAAAAAGGGCUCACCCGCGUGAGGGCUGAGUGGAACACAGCGCAGGUAUUCGAGCUGGACUAUGUCAAAAAGUAGCAGUUGGAUUCCGCUUAUCCGUCAAGAAGGGAGACAGGAUAACAGUUGACAAAAAUGUACAUGUUAAUUCAGUGGAUCGAGGACCCCCCUACAUGGGAUGUGCUACCACAAAAUAAAGUUGUUAACGGCUUAUGCGAAGUGUGAAGAUGUGAUGUACAGUAUCGGGAUGAGACCAUCAAGAUUAUCCAGAAAGGGAGUAGAACUAAAUUAAUGAAGGCCUUGGAAGCACUGGAGAGGGGGUGCAGAAAUGCAGCUACUGGCACAGAAGAACGUGGCCGUGGUCUCAGAGAGAAACGCCCCCCAGCUCAGUUUUCACCUGCCAGCAGUGAGGAAGAUGAGGAGGACACAAAUCCAAAACUAAAGGGGAAAAAGAAUUUAACAAAGGCUCUGUCUCUGCAGUUUUUAAAUGAAUAUGAAGAGAGUGAGCCGGGAUACUCCAAAGAUGUGAACCCAGCCGCCGAUAGCAGCAUAGCUAACCAGCUUAAUGAGAUGCGAUGUCUGCUUUUAGAGAUGCGGGAGAAAAUAAUCAACCUGGAGCGUACUGUGAGAGAUCAAAUUACUCAGCCAGCGUCAUCCACAUUAUCAAGAUCACCCUUAUUACCAUCAUCAUCAUCCCCAUCACCACCCUCAAGAACAACAUCAUCAACAUCACCACCCUCAAGAACAACAUCAUCAACAUCACCACCCUCACCAGUCCAGAUUCACAUAGGCCCUACAGUGAAGAUCACGGCCACCCAGUAUGGCCACAUCAAGUGGAGUGACCCUAGAAAGGCCACCAAGGACUUGUUGAUGGCAGUGUUUGGGAGGCAGGUCCUGGCCACACAUUCAUAUACGGGGGAGCUGUCUAAUGCCUUUCUGGGAAGACAGCCCAAGCCCCAGCUCAAUUCUGCAAAGACGUCGGACAUACUAAACUAUAUCACCAACAAAUUUGGGGUGGACCCUGCCCUGGUCAAGCAAGCCAUUUCACAGGAAUGCGCUGACGAAGCAAAGUUGGCCAGAAGGCGCUCCAAGUGAACGCGUACACACACACACACACACUCACUCACACACACUCACAUCUGAUUUUUUAAAAAAUGUAUUGAUAUAAUAAAUGUUAUUUACUUAUGACCAUCC